AUAGAGAUCAGGACAUGCGCUGUGCGGGGAUCCUCCCGUCUCUAGCUCAGCACGUAGCGAAUGUAAGAGAGCGAAAGAAGGCGAUGCGAACUGCACCAGAGUCCAGAAAACCAAACAUUGUCAAAAGACGUUUUGGGUUUUGUUUCUCGACCGUCUGAAUGGUGUGAACCCGAAUGGAGGAUGCCUAGACGUGGAUGCUUCAAGAGUACAAAGCAUGGGGUGUCCACAGAGCAGUGUGAGGCACCCCAGAAGCCGGGGAUUCAUGUGUAUCUGUUCUGGACCAAAGGUGGAGACUCCUAUUUGACCCAUCAGGAUGGUGAAGUGACUGCCGAGGAACUCUCGAUCCAGGCAGCGGAGGUUGUUGGGAUCACACCAGUCUGCCAUGCGCUGUUUGCACUGUAUGACCCGUCAUCAUGCUGUUGGUACAGUCCUAAUCACAAAUUCAACCCAGAGAACCAGUCGAGCCUGAUACUUCACUUUCGCAUGAGGUUCUAUUUUCGGAAUUGGCAUGGACUGAAUGAGAAGGAGUCAGCAGUGGCUCGCUAUAUGCUCCGAACUGGGAAUGAGCAAGGGGGCGCACCUCUGUUAGAGAUCACAUCUCUGGAAUACCUCUUUGCUCAGGCAAAGUGUGAUUUUGUGAACGAUGUGGCAUCACUGGAGGAUGUGAAGGGUGAAGUGGAGCGCAGCUGCUUUAAGAACGAGAGCCUGGGCAUGGCCGUGCUGCAUUUGUCUCACAAGGCUCUGCAGAAUGGCUCCUCUCUACAGGAAGUGGCCAAUCAGACCAGCUUCCUCCGCUGCAUCCCCCGCUCAUUCUCUCGGCAAAUUGCCCGGGACAACUUCCUGACCAAGUUCCGCAUCCGCCGAGUGUUUUCUGACUUCGUCCGUAGCUUCCAGCAGCACACAGUGGGCCAGGGCAGGCUGGGCUCACAGGAGGUCAUGUACAAGUACCUGUCCACCCUGGAGCGCCUGGCUCCCCGAUUUGGCACUGAGACCUUCCCCGUUUUCCACUUAGACUUGAGGCCCCAUGGAGAUGGAAGCGGCUCAUACCUGAAUGCUUCCCGAGCACAUGAGCCCCCGGAGGAGCUCAUGUGCAGCCAGCCAAAGCACGAGGUUAUGGUGUCUGGGACCACAGGCAUCCAAUGGAGGAAGAUCUCAGCACAGAGGGCUUGUGAGAAUAACUACAUGGGUAAUGAUUACUUGGAUAACGGGAGACAAGACAGGCAACAGGUGCCUCAACAAGAGGCUGACCCCCCAGAAAAUUGGAAUGUCUUCUGUGACUUCCCUGAAAUCUCACACAUUGCCACAAUGGGGGCAAAUGUCUGUAUCAGUCGGCAAGACAACUUUGCAAUGGACCUGCGUUUGAGGUCCAGCCUUGAAGCUCGCUCUCUGGUCUCUCUGCUCGAUGGGUACUUCCGCCUGACCGCAGACGCACAUCACUACCUCUGCCAUGAGGUAGCACCACCAAGAGUGGUUCUUAGUGAGGCGAAUGGUCUUCAUGGCCCCAUACUCGACGAGUUUGUGCUACACAAACUGAAGAAAGAAGCAAUGGAAGAAGGCGCAUACAUACUUCGCUGGAGUGUUCUUGACUACCAUCGCAUUAUACUAGCGGUUUUGAGUAGGGCUCAGGAUGGAUACAAUGCAACACAUAAGCAGUUCAAAAUCAUGCAAAAAGGCUCAAUGUUUACACUUGAGGGUUGGGAGAAAGAGUUCUCCAGUGUCAAGGAGCUCACAGAUAGCCUGAAGACCUUUGUGCUCAAGUCUGGCCAAGACUGCUUCACAAUCAAGAAGUGCUGCCUGCCCAGACCUGCAGAAUUGUCUAACCUACUGGUCAUGAGACAGAGCAUGAACAGCAAUGCCAGACCUGUGUCAGAAACCCUCAACCUGUGUCAACUCAGGUUCCAUCAGAUUAAAGACAAAGAAAUAACACAGGAGCAGCACUUGGGCCGUGGCACAAGGACCAACAUCUACUCGGGUCGUUUGAUGGUACGUGGUGGAGCUGAAGAUGAGGACGAAUGGAACAACAACCACACAAAUAGCAAAGGCAUCCGUGUGGUUCUCAAGAUCCUGGACCAGAGCCACAAGGACAUAGCUCUGGCAUUCUUCGAGACAGCUAGCCUUAUGAGUCAGGUGUCUCACUGUCAUCUGGUUUUUGUGCAUGGUGUUUCAGUCAAGGGAUCUGAGAACAUCAUGGUGGAGGAGUUUGUUGAGUUCGGCCCUUUAGAUGUCUUCCUGCAUAAAGAAAAAGCCCGUGUGACUCCUCAGUGGAAGUUUACUGUGGCAAAACAACUGGCCAGUGCUCUUUGCUAUCUUGAAACAAAGCGCUUGGUUCAUGGAAAUGUCUGUGCAAAGAAUAUUCUAGUCGCACGCAGGGGUCUUGAAGAGGGAACGUUUCCAUUUGUGAAGCUGAGUGACCCGGGCAUAGCUCUCACUGCCCUCUCACGUGGAGAGCGGGUAGAGCGCAUUCCAUGGAUUGCACCGGAGUGUGUGCCCUGUGGGGCUAUAAUAGGCAGCGCGGCGGAUAAAUGGAGCUUUGGAGCCACGCUGCUUGAAAUCUGCAACAACGGAGAUCUAGCCAUGAGUGGCAGUACUUUACCAGAGAAAGAGCGUUUCUAUGAGACCCAGAGUCGCUUGGCAGUGCCUUCGUCUCAGGAGCUGGCGAGCUUCAUAAGUAUGUGCCUGACUUAUGACCCUGCAGCCAGACCAUCCUUCAGGACCAUUCUGCGAGAGCUGACAGAGAUACAGCUAAAGAACCCGGACAUUUCUUCGGACUGUGAGGCACUUCCGGACAGAGAUCCCAGUAUUUUCCUUAAACGUCACCUGAAGAAGAUCAGAGACUUGGGAGAGGGUCAUUUUGGGAAAGUCAUGCUGUAUGUGUAUGACCCCGCUAAUGAUGGCACUGGAGAGUAUGUGGCAGUGAAAACCCUCAAACAAGAGGGAGGCAAUCAUCUUCAUGAUUCCUGGAUGAAGGAGAUUGAAAUUCUAAAAUCGCUGUAUCAUAACAACAUUGUCAAGUACAAGGGUUGCUGUACUGAACUGGGUGGGCAGGUGGUUCAGCUGAUCAUGGAGUAUCUUCCACUGGGCAGCCUUCGAGAGUACCUGCCCAAACACCGCCUGGGAGUUGCUCAGAAUCUGCUCUUUGCCCAACAAAUCUGCCAGGGAAUGGAUUAUUUGCACUCAAAAAGAUACAUCCAUCGAGAUUUGGCUGCUCGUAACGUUCUCGUAGAGAAUGACGGUGUGGUCAAAAUUGGUGACUUUGGACUGACAAAGUACAUUCCUGAGGGGGAGAUCUACUAUCGUGUACGGGAGGAUGGUGACAGUCCUGUGUUCUGGUAUGCCAUAGAGUGCCUGAAGGAAAGUAAGUUUUCCUUUUCCUCUGAUGUCUGGUCUUUUGGUGUGACGCUCUAUGAGAUUUUGACACGCUGUGACCAUCGUCAGAGUCCACCUACGAAAUAUGUUGAGAUGAUGGGGAUGGUGCAAGGUCAGAUGACUGUGAUGAAACUGAUUAACCUCCUGGAGAAACACAGGCGUUUGCCCUGCCCCCGGGACUGCCCACAUGAGGUGUACAUGUUAAUGGAACAAUGCUGGGAUUUUGCGCCAGCCCAACGUCCAACAUUCAAGUCCCUUGCUGAGUCUUUGGAGGAUAUUCGCCGGACAUAUGAGCAACAGCCUAUCGUUCGGCUUGCUCAGAUUAACCAUCGCUGACCACUUUUCUGACAUUUGCCAGGUUUGCACUGAAUAACCACAACACUCUGUACUGAUGACGCGACCCUGUUGUUAGCAUUGCUUAUAGAACAGAUGUUGCUUCAUUGUUAUAAUAACAAAUUAAGCCACUCUGCUCCUUAGGUGCUCUUUAAGUCAACACUUUUGCUUUAAACCAAUUAACCAAAGUCUGUUCAGUGACAGAACCUUGUUCGUGUCUCAAUGUGACUACAUGUGUUGUAAAUAGAGAUUUUUUUUAUGCAGUUUUGUUUUAUCUUGCAAGUUCAUUUGUUCAUUUCCCAGACCUGCCUUAAAUGUCAUACUGAAUUUGUUUUGCUUUCUUUCUUUUCUGUUUUGUUCGUUUCUUUUUUUAAUAUGUGGUCACAGAUUGGAUCAAUAAUUAAAUCCCAACAAAUGUAAACCAAAGUCAGUAACUUUUUCCUGUAAGGGCUUAAUAGUUGAGACUGUUUUGCCAAGCUGCACCUUAUGUUAGUUAGAAACUCAGAAUUGUUCUGUGAAUCUUUAAACUGUCCCUGAAUAUUUUUUAAUUGUAUUUAUUUUCUUCUUUUGUAAAAAUGUGUGUAUCAUCAUCUCUUAAUGAACAAUAAACAACUUUAGCUGUAGUGAGAUGCCCAUGAGCACCCCAGGCACUUCUUAUAAGAAUGUAUUUAGUGAUUUGGUAAAACAAGCCUGGGGUGUGUUUCCCAAAAGCGUCGCUGAACACUUACCAUAGUGAAAUGAAAGAGAGACUAUCAUUUUUAACCCUCUCUCCCUGCUUUUCACGGUGCUUGCUCAACAAUGUUUUCAGGAAACACAGUCCUAAACGGAGGAAUAGAGGGCAUCAAUUAAAAUAUGUAUUUCAAAACUGCAAAAGCUCAGAGUUAUAUGAUUCAUGUCGUAUCACAUACAUAUGAAAUAAAUACCUACCGAUUGUUUUUUUUUAUGCCA